AUGAUAUCAAGGCAGCGUUUGCCGUGUUUGCAGCAUGGUCACGGCUUUUUCGGGUUCUUAAAUGCAUGGUGGAUCGUGGCAGAGCCGAGAAGUUCGUCCAUUUGGAUCUCUAACAUCAACACUCAUUGGAUCACCACCAUCGUCGUGUUUGCCGGUGCUGCCCGAUUGCUCAUGAUUAACUCAUGGGCCGCAGAAAUCUUUUCGUUGAUGCUGCAGCUGCUGUGCUUUUGUAUUUCCGUCAACGCAAUGGUGGCUGAUUUCUGGAAUCUUCGUCUUCUGUCAUCUUUGAACGGAACUAUGGUGUCCUCUUCUACCACGAUCUCAUAUCUGCAAGUGUAUAACAGUAUGGAUGCGCUGCUUUGCGUGGUUGCAGUCAUGCUGUCAUCAUAUAUAAUUUAUCAGCAUUUCUAUUCGUCUGUCAGCGCUUAUAGUCAGACGCCCUCAGUGAAGUUGCUCGGAAUGGGAACGGCACUGGUCGUACUUGGCGUCAUUCGUUUUGCGUGUUAUUUUUGCGAAUUUUUUAAGUUGGCUGGUCAGGAUCGAAUUCGGGCGCUGUUCGCCAACUACACUCUCGAUGAACCAGCAUGGAUUUGCACUCAGUUAGCUCUAGGUGUUCUCUGUGUUUUGUCAUCGAGGGGUAGCAAGCUUUUGCGAGCUCUCACACUGUCGCUGGCUGCUUCCACACUGAUGCCAUCGGUCUUUUACCUCUGGCUCGACUACAGGUGGUGGGCAUCUUCGCGGCUUUCGUUCGGGCUCCUCUCACAGUCAUCAGCAUAUUGGCAAGCAUCCGCAGUGGUGAUCUCCUUGUGUAAUGUGGGUGUGGUGACGGCAACGCUUGUUCAGCUCCUCUCUAUGCAUUCGAGUAGCCGACGAGUAUCGUUGGAUGAGAAGACAAAGCGCUUUCUGGUCAUAGUAGCAGCCAUAUUCUUGGUACUUUCCUGCAGUACAAUAUCACUUGACGUGUACACUAUUUGGAAGAAACUUUUCUACAGGCUUUUCCAUGGAGCUGAACAGAAAACUCCGUUUCUUACAGCCCUCACUGCAAUAUUUGCGAUAGCUGCUUCGACUUCGAAAUAUGCUCCAAUCGCUCUUCCUGCGUGCAUUAUUUUGUCUUUGUAUUCCCUAAAUUCGACGAUCUUCCAACUGAUCUCAUACCUGUAUCUCUCAUGGAAUGGUUAUUUUGGCGAUCAGCUUUGCGAGCUAUUCUUCCCAGGACUUGGUCGCUGUUUCUUGGAGGUGACCAAGACAGAGGCAAUAAUCCACUUCGUGCAGAUGUUGUUGGAUUUCUUCGUACUAAUUCUUUCUAGUGUUUUAUGCGCAUGCUCUAUGCGAAUUACAACUAUGGCCAAGACUGAGGCCACUGGUAAUCGGAGACUUGAAUCUCCCAUCAGGAUUUUAUGUUCGGAACAUUUGGCCACACAUCCGCUCUGUCAGACGGCGCUGCUCAUCUUGUCAGUUGUGCGGUUCGUCGAGAUUCUUACUCAACUUGACUAUCGCGGCACUGGGGACGAUUUGUCAUUCGCUUGGAAAGUACAUCAAACAGCAGAUUUUAUCGCUUUGAUAAGUCACUUUGCAACGGCAAUGCUUGUGAUUCGACUCAUGGGAAAUGAUGCCGUAGAAGCUGAUGAGCUUCAGCUUCGAUUCAAUAAUCCAUUAACAUCGGAAGAAAACGGGGAUUAUUUACAGCUCAGGCCUCAAGAAGAUUCAUAG